AUGAGGAAAUUAUUGAAAAAUGAUCGAUAUUGGGUUUUAACAGUUCAUUCAACAUUAAAUUUAUUUGCUGCUGCUGAAGUACGAAAAGAUGUUAGUAGACGAUUUCAAAUUGCAUCAAAGCGUGAUGUACGUUCACCAAAAUUAUUUUAUCUAGCAGUUGGAUUUAAAUCAGAAAAAUUAGUUGGACGUUGUCAAAUCGCUUAUCGUUUAACAAAAAAAUGGAAAAUUUCAAGGUCAACAAUGAUUUGA